AAGAAGAAAAGAAGCACAAAAGUAGUGAAGUGGAAGUAUCAGACAACGUAUGUGAUGCUCCUCAUGAGAGUCAAUUGAUUCAGCAGAGAAAGAGUGGAGGAAAUAACAAGCAGGAGUUUCCUGCUAUGCAGAAUAAAGGUCCUGAUGGUAGUGAACCUGGCGUGCCCAGGAAGGAAAUAGAGAGAAAGAACAAUGACAAAUGGACACCAGAAGAAUGUGUGAUUGCACCAGUAUUUGAAAAGACCAAUUCACUGACUGAUGGUCUGCUGCACCUGACAAAUGACAGCAUUUUAAGGAAGGUGGAUCAAGAUGACAGCAGGACUGCAAGGGAAAUAGCAUAUCAAAAGAAGAAGGUUUCUGACAGCGGUAGAAAAGCAAAAGGUCUGUUGCGCAAAAGCCACAUGCAGGAUGAAAUUGCCAUGCCAAGAUUAGAAAUAGACACAGUGAAAAAUCAGAACCAGGAGAAAGAAAAGAAAUGUUUUGAGGACACUGAAAUUGUAAAAGGAGAGAAUGAUUAUCCUCAAAAGGCAAUAAAAUUGAACAAGGAAACAUUGACAGAGACCAUAUUCCAGCAUACUGGCCAGCUUAACGUUCCGGUAGCUGAAAAUACAAUGCUAAACCCUGAGCUGGAGAACGCAAAGCGAAGCAAAGAAAGACUAGAAACAGAAGUGGAAUCCUACCACUCUAGACUGGCUGCUGCCAUACACAAUCAUGAUCAAGGUCAGAUAUCACAAAGACACCUGUCACUUGCCUCCCAGAAAGCAAAAGACAAGAGGUUACGCUUGCAGGACCCAAUGAAGUUCCAUAUGGCUAAGCUGAAAAGUGACAAUGAGAUGCUUUCCCAGAAACUUUCUAAAGUGGAAAAUAAAUUCAGUAAGCUAAAAAUCAAGCUGCAUCAGACGAGAGAUGAUCUCAGAGAAAAGACUUUGAUGUUAGAACGUGUCCAGAGAGACUUACGCCAAGCAGAGUGUCAAAAGCAGGAUAUUGGACACAUGUAUCAGAACGAACAAAGCAAAGUGAAGGAAUACCUUGGAAAGCAGGAAUCCUUAGAGGAGAGGUUAUCUCAACUCCAGAGUGAAAACAUGUUGCUCCGACAGCAGCUGGAUAAUGCACAAAAUAGAGCCGACAGUAAAGAGAAGACAGUCAUUAGCAUCCAAGACCAGUUUCAGCAGAUCGUGAAAAAUCUUCAUGCUGAAUAUGAGAAACACGGUCUGAUGCUGGAGGAAAGAAGCAAGGAUUUAAUCAACAAAUUGAAUCAUUUAGAAGAGAGAAUGUGUCAGUAUGAAAAUGAGAAAGCAGAAAGACAAGCAGUUGUGAGACAACUUCGGCAAGAACUGGCUGAGAGCCUCAAAAAGCAGUCUGCGUCGGAGCUGUCCCUGGAGGUCAUGUCACGUUAUCAUGCCAAGUUAGAAGUUGAGGCACGGGAUUUAAAGAACUUACAUCAACUCACAAGUCAGUCUCAAGAAACACAAGAUCAACAUAGAGAGGCCGUGAGAUGUGCUGAAAAAACACAGGAUCACAUCCAAAAGCUUGAAAUUGAAAAUGCCGAGUUACAAAGUACAGUCAAAAAGCAAGCGGGCGAAAUUGAACAGCUUCAGAGAAACCUCUUAAGUAUAAGAUUGAUUGAUGAUCUUCCAGCAGAGCUGGAAACUGUAUGUUCACAAUGUCUGCACAUGAAUGCAAAAAUUCAAGUUCUUCGAGAGGAGUUAUUAUUCAUGACAGGAAUGCAAAAGAAAUGUGAAAAACUAGAGAACAGUAACAAGAAGCUGGAGCAAGAAAUAGUGAACCUCAAAAGUCACAUAGACGUGAAUAUGACGGAACACAGUCAAGUAGAGCAGUAUAAACAGGAGAUUGAAGAAAGAGCGAGACAGGAGCUAGUAGAGAAAUUAAAAGAAGUCAACACAGUUUUACAGAUACAAGCAGCAUCUCAAGAAAACUUAGAGCAGGCACAAGAGGAGCAUAUUGCUUCCUUAAGAAGUCAGAUGGAACUCAGAAUUAAAGAGUUGGAAUCUGAAGUCUUCAAGGUGGAAACUUCUCAAGCAGAUUUGGAAAAAUAUAAAAAACUCUACCUAGAAGAACUACAAGUUAGGAAGUCAUUGGAAAAGAAGGUAGACAAGACUAAUUGGAGGCUGGCAGAGAUGAGCACCGAACUUGAGGUGGAGAAACAGCAGAACAGGUCUUUACUGAGCACUCUCACCACAAGGCCAGUCCUGGAGCCGCCCUUGCAUUGGAAAUUUUAAUACUUCAAUAUGACUCUUUCUCCAAAAACAAACAUGCUGCGGGAGUUGGACAGGAGUAUAACUAGAGAACUAGAAGAAGUUGAGGCUGAAAUGGCAUCUGAUGCCUUUCAAGUGUCUUCUCGAAGCUCUUCAGAUGGG